AUGUCGGCAACUCUCGACGAGUUUAUCGAUCCUGAAGCAACUCCAGUUACUGCUCCUACCGAAUUUCCCGUUCAACUUGAACGGAAGGUUCUAUACGAAGCUUACGUAAUUCAUCAACGCAAAGCCGCCGGCAUUAUGUAUAGCCACAUGACUCAACCAUAUCGAAUCAUCGUUGAAUCCGAAGGGUUCAUCAGCAAACCCUUGGACAUCUGGAACCUAAUGAAAAGUAAAUUUCAAUCAACCGCAUCCAGUAGUAAAGGCAGAGCCUACUCCUCUUUCUUUCGUAUCACGUAUCAAUCACUCAUCCAGUAUAUCAAGGAUACUCGUGCUGCUCUAGCUGUCAUGCAUGCUUGUGGAAUCAAUUUCUCUGAAGAGAUUCAAGAAUGCAUUUCUGAAACGAUUGUCGCCAAAUUACCUAAUAGCAUGGAAACGACACUUGCCUUGCUUGAUUCCAAACGGCCAUUGACGACGAAAGUAGUCUUAGAUAAUCUCGACAGUCAUUUGAUUGAAUACACUGAGCGUCAUCGAAACGAUAACAAUUCAAUUGCUCUAGCUACCGUCUCGAAUCGUCCACCUUUUCGUCAACCUGGUCGUCGAUUUCCAUAUCCCACUUGCACUAAUGGCACUCAUAAUCCGGCUGUUAAGGGUCAUAAAUCUGACGCCUGUUGGGUAGCAUUACCACAUCUUCGACCAGCCAAUAUGCUGAAUUGA